AUGGACCUGCGCACGAGCGUCGAGACACUGCGCGCUGGCGAUUGGUUCUACAAGUGGACAGCGAAGGGUGACUCAGUACACCGGCGGUGGGUCUGGAUCGACACGAAAGACUACUUGCUCGUGUGGAGCAAUUACGAGACCUACAGCCCCCACUUUUGUGGCAAUGUGCGCCUAGACCACAUCUGCCAAGUCACCUCACACGACCUGUCCAGCAUGGACGAGAACGGGCUCCCUAAGACGUACUAUGUGUUGCUCAUCAAGACGAGGAAGCGUGUGCUGCAGUUGGCGACGGAGCUAAAAUACAAGUGUGAUGCGUGGUUCGAGGCCUUGAAUAAUGUGAUGAGGUUCAUCCACCGUAAUGACAUGACGAAGGGUGCCCUGAUCCCUGACUGA